CAUAUUCAAAAACUUACUAGACAUCACAUAUUAUUCAUAUUUUGUUACAAAAAAGAAUUGAAAUAUAAUCACAUAUUAUACAUCUUCAAGAAUCAUUCAAUAAUUAAGAAUUAAGGAGAUGGUUAAGGUGAAGGGGAUAGUUGUGUUGCAGAAGAAGAACAGUUUAUUGGAUUUCAAGGAUUUGAGUUCAUCAUUUCUUGAUGGUGUUCAUGAGAUAUUGCUAGGAAAGAAGGUGUCUUUUCAGCUUGUUAGUGCUGUCAAUGCUGAUCCAGCUAAUAACUUGAAAGGUAAACGUGGAAAACCUUCCUAUUUGAAGGACUGGAACACAAAAUCCACUGGCUUAGCAGUUGAGGAGGCUGUAUUUAAUGUGACAUUUGAGUGGGAUGAGGAAAUCGCUGUUCCUGGUGCAUUGAUCGUGAAGAAUGAGCACCACAGCGAGUUUUUUCUGAAAACUGUGACCCUAGAAGAUGUCCCUGAUCAUGGAAAAGUUCUCUUUGUUUGCAACUCAUGGGUUUAUCCAACUCAGUACUAUGAGAAGGAUCGUGUAUUCUUUACCAAUAAGACAUACUUACCUCAUCAAACGCCUGCAUUACUGUCCACUUACCGUGAAGAAGAGCUUGAAAUUUUGAGAGGAAAGGGAAAAGAGAAUGCAAUGCUGAAGGAAAGUGACCGAGUUUAUGACUAUGCACUUUACAAUGAUCUAGGAGAGCCAGAAAAAGGUCCGGAAUAUGCCCGGCCAGUAUUUGGAGGAUCCACUGAAUAUCCUUAUCCUCGUAGAGGUCGAACAGGCCGUCCACCUUUAAAGACAGAUCCUGCCAUUGAAAGCAGGUUGCCAUUGCUCAAGGGUCUAGAUAUCUAUGUUCCAAGAGACGAACAAUUUGGGAACCUUAAGAUGGCUGAUUUCCUUGGUGAUUCAGUGAAGUCCCUGUCACAGGGCUUUGCUGGCUUGGUCAGAGCGGUGCUGGACAAGACACCGAAGGAGUUUGACAGUUUUCAAGAUGUGCUGGAUAUGUUUGAAGGAGGAAUUAAGCUGCCAGAGAGUCCAUUUCUAGAUCAAUUAAGGGAAAGUCUCCCUUCACAAUUUCUGAAAGCAAUUACUCGAAAUGAUGGUGCACCAAUUCUGAAAUACCCAACGCCUGGAAUAAUUAAAGAGGAUAAGUCAGCUUGGAGUACUGAUGAAGAAUUUGCUAGGGAGAUGUUGGCUGGAAUACAUCCUCUUGCCAUUCGUCGCUUGGAGGAAUUCCCUCCGGUUAGUAAGCUUGAUCCCUCAGCAUAUGGAAACCAAAGAAGCUCAAUCACUGAGGACAUUAUGGAAGAAAAACUAGAUGGUCUAAGUGUACAAGAGGCAAUUGAGAGUAAUAGGCUAUUCAUAUUGGACCAUCAUGAUACGAUGAUGCCAUAUCUAAGGAUGAUCAACACAAAUACUCCUUCAAAGGUUUAUGCCACCCGUACAAUCCUCUUCCUAAAAGAUGAUGGAACAUUGAAGCCGUUGGUGAUUGAGCUAAGCCUACCACAUCCUGAUGGGGAUCAAUUUGGUGCUGUUAACGAAGUAUAUACACCAGCUAAUGACGGGAUAGAAGGCUCUAUUUGGCAGUUAGCCAAAGCUUAUGUGGCUGUUACUGACGCUGGUUAUCAUCAGCUAAUCAGCCACUGGUUACACACACAUGCAGUCAUCGAACCAUUUGUAAUAGCAUCAAAUAGACAGCUGAGUGUACUUCACCCAGUUCACAAACUUCUGCAUCCACACUUUCGUGAUACAAUGCGCAUAAAUUCCAUAGCAAGGCAGACUGCUCUUAACCCUAAUGGGUUGUUUGAACAAGCCGUAUUUCUCAGACAGUAUUCUGCAGUGUGGUCAUCCAAACUGUACAAAGACUGGGUUUUCACUGAUCAAGCUCUUCCAAGAGACCUUGUCAAGAGAGGAAUGGCGGUAAAGGACUCAGAAAGCCCUCAUGGAUACAAACUACACAUCAAGGACUACCCAUAUGCUGUUGAUGGACUAGAAGUUUGGUCUGCAAUUGAGACUUGGGUCCAGGAGUAUUGCUCAUCUUACUACGAGUCUGAUGACAUGGUUGCUACUGAUCCUGAAUUACAGCUCUGGUGGAAGGAAAUCAGAGAAGUAGGCCACGGUGAUAAGAAGGACGAAGAUUGGUGGCCGAGCAUGACGACUCUGAAGGACCUAACUGAAACCUGCACAACUAUUAUAUGGUUAGCUUCUGCAGUCCAUGCAGCAGUCAAUUUCGGACAGUACACUUAUGCAGGCUACGUACCCAACAGGCCAACCAUAAGCCGUCGGUUCAUGCCAAAACCGAAUACUCCCGAGUACGAAGAGAUCAAGGAAAACUUCGAACUUGCAUUCUUGAAGACAAUAAUGAGCCAGAAUCAAGCAUUGGUGGGUGUAUCUGUUAUUGAACUUAUAUCUAGUCAUUCCUCUGAUGAGGUUUAUCUUGGACAACGAGACAUCGAUGAAUGGACUACAGACCCUACACCAUUAGAAGCAUUCAAGAAAUUCGGACAGACGUUGGUGGAAGUCGAAGAUAAGAUUGUCGAAAGGAACAAUGAGGAGAGCUUAAAGAAUCGGGUCGGUCCGGCUAAGUUGCCCUACACUCUACUUUACCCUUCAAGUGGUGUGGGAAUAACUGGUAAGGGAAUACCAAAUAGCAUUUCAACUUGAAACUCCUCUUCAUUUUAUCCUGUUAUUUCAGGAAAAAAAAUAAACUGUCUAAAGUAGAAAUGAUCAGCAUAUAAUUCAGGUUACAUACAUUAUACAUACCAAUUUGUGAUAUUUGUAAAAUAUAUUCAGCAUUUAUUUUUAGUUUCAGAUGUAAAUGUGGACCGGCCUAUAAUAAAUUCCAUCAGGCCUUUGUAUUCUUUGAUUGAAUUAUUAUGUAUACAGUACAUGUUUCAUGUUUUUUUUGA